AAAAAUUUCAACUUCUUUCAAAAAAAAAAUAUUAAAAAUUGAAGUAGAAAAGAGGGAUGCAUUUUCGUAGGAGAAGAGAGGGGAAGGGAAAAUUGGAAGGGGAUGGGCAAUUGGGCACGGCGUUAGCAGAAACUCGUCAAACCAUUUUGGUGGCGCCUAAAGACGAUAGAGAGAGUACUCGCGGUUGUUAAUUUCGCGCCAAAAUUCCGCCAUUUACCUUUCCCAAUUCACUAGCACGUCUCUCCGUCCAGAAACCCUAAGUGGAGAGUGAGGUCAAGUGCUAACUCGAAUCUGUUUCACCGUCUGCAGCAGCAAAACAAGGAUCGGAAAGGGGUCAGAUUUGAAAAGAAAUGAGAGGCGGUACAGUUCAGAUUAAUUGGCACGAUACUAAGCCGAUCUUGACGCUAGACUUCCACCCCAGGACCGGCGUCCUAGCCACCGGAGGCGCCGAUUACGACAUCAAGUUAUGGAUAAUAAGUUCGAGUGAAGACCAAAAGAAAGCUCCGGGAGUUACAUAUAAGACCAGCCUCGUUUAUCACAGUUCUGCCAUAAAUGUGAUCCGCUUUUCUCCUUCGGGGGAACAUCUUGCUUCUGGUGCAGAUGGCGGUGAGCUGUUGUUGUGGAAGUUGCAUUCUGCAGAUGGUGGUGAAGUAUGGAAAGUCCUGAAGUCAUUAUGCUUUCAUCGUAAGGAUGUAUUGGACUUGGAAUGGUCUAAAGAUGGCUUGUAUCUGAUUUCUGGAUCUGUCGAUAAUUCCUGUAUCAUAUGGGAUGCAAACAAAGGUUGUGUUCAUCAGAUUCUUGACGGGCAUUUCCACUAUGUUCAAGGAGUUACAUGGGACCCUUUAUCCAAGUAUGUUGCUUCACUCAGCUCAGAUAGAUCAUGUCGUAUAUACAUAAACAAGCCAUCUAAAAGUAAAGGAGUCGAGAAGAUGAAUUUUGUUUGUCACCAUGUUGUAGCCAAGAUAGAUGCAGAGACAGUAGACGAGUCUAAGGCUGUUAAAAGUAAUCUUUUUCUUGAUGAGACACUGCCAUCAUUCUUCCGGAGAUUGUCCUGGUCACCUGAUGGAUCAUUUUUACUUGUACCUGCAGGUUCUUACAAAUGUUCCUCGGCUUCUGCACCUACAAAUACUGCUUUUGUAUUCUCUAGAAAUGAUCUAUCAAGACCUGCUUUGAUACUUCCCGGUGCCAGCAAACCCGUCGUAGCAACACGUUUCUGUCCAGUGGCUUUUAAUUUGCGGGGUUCUAAUUCAUCCACCUCGACAUUCUUCAAGCUUCCACAUCGCCUUGUUUUUGCGGUGGCAACUUUGAAUUCACUAUACAUAUACGACAUGGAGGGCGUUGAACCGAUAGCAAUCAUAGCUGGAAUUCAUUAUGCUGCCAUAACUGACAUUGCAUGGUCACCCAAUGGGAAAUUCCUAGCUCUUUCUUCUCAAGAUGGCUACUGCACUCUCUUAGAGUUUGAAAAUGAAGAAUUGGGAACUCCUCUCUCAGCAUCAGAAGGAAAGAAUGUUGUUGGUGGUGACGUUUCACCCACGGUGGAGUACGUCACACCUCCCUAUGGCACAACUGCUGCAGAAGCAGAAGGCAGAAAAGCUGAAGAAGAGACAAUAGAGUUGAAAUCAGGAUGUGCAACUGCCACUUCUACAAUUCCCAUUAAGGCCACAAAAAAGCGCAUCACUCCCAUGGCCAUUGAUUAAUCAUAUAUAUAUAUAAUGACUAUCCCACAUAACCUUUCUCUUUUUUUCUCUCUCUUGGCAGGAAUGGUAUUUGUCUUUAACAUCUCUGUAGUUCCUGUUUCCUAAUGCUCAUUAUACAUAAAUAUAAUUAAUACAAUAUUCUUACUUGCAAUGGAGAGGAUAAAGACCAAAACACAAAAGGAAUUCUAUUCCUACAAGGAAACAAAUCACUAAAUAUGAACAAGGAAACAAAUCAAGAGCAAUCCCACUU